AUGUCUCGAGCUGCAUUGAGACACAUUGUUAAAGAGUUAACACGAGUUAAUUAUGUUGGAACUAACAAGGAAUUAUUUCGUUGUACUCUAUUACCUUGUGCUUGUGAGUUGACAGGAUAUAGAAUUGGUGGUAUACCGAUACCAAUAGAUGUUGUACAUGUUCAUUGGAGGAAACUAAGUAUGAAAGUUAAGUUGGAGGAAGACGUAGAUGAUGGAUCAGAGGUGGAUAUUUGUAGUGCAAUAGAUGAGUUAUGGAAAAGGUGUAGGUCUCUAGAUGUUGUUAGGAAAAUGGCAUUAAAAAGUAGGGUUUUGAACUUGCCUUCCGCACAAUGA